ACACCCAAGCAGCCCAGACCGGCACUUGGAAUAAACAUCGUCGCGGUAUUACUGCCCUCUGUCCAUCUUUAUUAUUAGCGCUUCGCUCCGCCCUCCUACCUGUAAAUCUCCCCACUCUCCUCUGGAGCGGAUCUGACAGGCGCUCUCAGCUGGCCGCUCUGUGCCAGGGCUGCAGGGGAUCGAAUGGAGACAGGGACAUCCACCCGAGCGCGAGUCCUUUUUACGCAGAAUUGACAACGUAAACGCCCGCAAGAUGAUGUAGUCUUCGGAGACCGCUAUUAAAUUGUAUAAUCAAAUCAUCGCUUUUUUGUUUUUCGUUUUGUUGCAAGCCGUUCACAGUCGAUUAACGCCUAAAGAAAGUGAGAACGAUCGAUCGAAAUCUCCACCUGCUGAUCGACAGGAUCCCUGAAUGGAAGACGACUAGAGAGGUCGCCUCGCCGAGAACAGACUGCAAUUUCACUGUCGUUGUGUUUACCAUUACCCGAAAUAUCAUUGGCAGCCUCGACGGCUGCAAACAACGCCGUCUUCACCAUGGCUUUUGGCGUGAAAGAGCCAGAAAACCUCUCAGACUGAGAAGCAGUGACAAUUAGUAAAUAUUGCGGAUUUAAAUGCCUCUCUCCAAGGGCCACCGACCCGCUAUUUUGGUACGAUUCGCGUGUGCGGUGUCUCACGCUGUCACGAAUAAACAAUUCAUAGGCUGCUAAAAUACAGAAAGAGACUCCAUCGGGUGGGUGAACAUAUUCUACAGUGAGGGGGGAUUUUUUUUCCAAGCAAUAUGGCUGGUGAGUGGGGCUGGGGACGCUGGCACAGGCUCUCCAAGGCUCCUAAAUGCUAGCUGAGGCAGAUGGCACCGUUCCCCAUGGAAGCGAUAGCUCUAUGAGGACAAGCAAUAUCAUUAAUAUUAUAAAUCCGGACUCUUCAAUCUUAAUAUCCAAGAUGGAAGACGUUGUCAUCCCGUUCUCGUCUGAGGUGCCCUGCGACAAUAAUGGACAGCGCAUGUGGUGGGCAUUCCUCGCCUCCUCUAUGGUGACGUUUUUUGGGGGUCUCUUCAUCAUCCUGCUGUGGAGAACCCUCAAAUAUAUGUGGACUGUUUGCUGCCACUGCAACGUCAAACACAAGGAGGUUCAGAAGGUGAUCAAUCCGGCAGCAGACAAACCAAAGGAUGAGAAGGAGGAGGUCCCAAUCAGUGAGGUGGGAUGGAUGACUUCAGUCAAAGACUGGGCUGGUGUCAUGAUCUCCGCUCAGACAAUCACUGGCAGAGUUCUGGUGGUGUUAGUCUUUGCGCUCAGCAUUGGGGCCCUUGGAAUAUACUUCAUAGACUCCUCAGAUCCUAUAGAAUCCUGCCAGCACUUCUACGAAGAUUUCACGUUACAGAUCGAUAUGGCCUUCAAUGUCUUCUUCCUCCUUUAUUUUGGUCUGCGAUUUAUCGCGGCCAAUGAUAAACUGUGGUUCUGGCUGGAGGUCAACUCAGUGGUCGACUUCUUUACCGUUCCUCCCGUGUUUGUUUCUGUCUACUUGAACAGAAGCUGGCUCGGUUUAAGAUUUCUCAGAGCACUAAGAUUGAUACAGUUUUCAGAAAUCCUCCAGUUUUUGAAUAUCUUGAAAACAAGCAACUCCAUUAAGCUGGUGAACCUGUGUUCCAUCUUUAUAAGCACAUGGCUCACAGCUGCAGGAUUCAUACAUUUGGUGGAAAACUCAGGAGAUCCUUGGGAAAACUUCCAGAAUUACCAGUCACUUUCCUAUUGGGAAUGUGUCUACUUGCUGAUGGUGACAAUGUCUACAGUGGGUUACGGGGAUGUCUAUGCAAAAACCACGUUGGGGCGCCUGUUUAUGGUCUUCUUCAUCCUUGGUGGUUUGGCCAUGUUUGCUCGCUACGUGCCAGAAAUUGCUGCUCUCAUCCUUAAUCGGAAGAAAUACGGAGGGAGUUAUAACUCGACACGAGGCAGAAAGCAUAUUGUGGUCUGUGGUCAUAUUACCCUCGAAAGUGUCUCCAACUUCCUUAAAGACUUCCUACACAAGGACAGGGAUGAUGUCAAUGUUGAAAUUGUUUUUCUCCAUAAUAUUUCCCCUAAUCUUGAGCUGGAAGCCUUGUUCAAACGCCAUUUUACCCAAGUAGAGUUCUACCAGGGAUCUGUUCUCAACCCUCACGAUCUCGCCAGAGUGAAGAUCGAGUCAGCAGAUGCCUGCCUAAUCCUUGCCAACAAAUACUGUGCAGAUCCUGAUGCUGAAGACGCCUCGAACAUCAUGAGGGUUAUUUCGAUCAAGAACUACCAUCCCAAGAUCAGAAUAAUCACACAGAUGUUACAGUACCACAAUAAGGCCCAUCUGCUGAACAUUCCAAGCUGGAACUGGAAGGAGGGUGACGAUGCUAUCUGCCUGGCGGAGCUGAAGGCAGGCUUCAUAGCCCAGAGCUGUCUGGCCCAGGGCCUGUCCACUAUGCUAGCCAACCUCUUCUCUAUGAGGUCCUUCAUUGAGAUUGAGGAGGACACAUGGCAGAAGUAUUACCUUGAAGGGGUGGCUAAUGAGAUGUACACAGAGUAUUUGUCCAGUGCCUUUGUCGGCCUCACCUUCCCUACUAUCUGUGAGCUGUGUUACGUGAAGCUGAAGCUGUUGCUUAUUGCCAUUGAAUACAAGUCUGAGCAGAGAGAGAGCAGCAUCCUCAUCAACCCGGGCAACCAUGUCAAGAUGCAGGAGGGAACACUGGGAUUUUUUAUCGCCAGUGAUGCCAAAGAAGUAAAGAGGGCAUUUUUCUACUGCAAAGCUUGUCAUGACGACAUCACAGACCCUAAGCGGAUCAAGAAGUGUGCCUGCAAACGACUGAUUUAUUCCAAGAUGUCCGUCUACAAACGAAUGAAACUGGCAUGUUGUUUUGAUUGCGGCUGUUCAGAGCAAGACUGCUCUUGCAUGUCAGGCAGUGUACAUAGUAACAUGGACACCCUUCAGAGGGCCUACCCACUUUCCUCUGUCUCUGUUCAUGAUUGCGCAACCACUUUACGUGCCUCCAAAUAUAAGUAUAAUGGAUAUGUCAGAUCACCAGCAGAUGGCGCUACAACACCAGGGAACAGUGGAAGUCAGAAAGAGGCUGGCGUUCGAUUCAAAGCUGAUUGCAAUUUAGUCGAAGACGAGCAUCCAUCAACUCUCUCGCCCAAAAAAAAGCAGCGCAACGGAGGGAUGCGAAACUCACCCAACUGCUCGCCCAAAAUGAUGAGUCGACACGACCCCCUUCAAAUUCCUGGAAAUGAACAAAUUGAGAGCAUGGACAUGAACGUGAAGAGGUAUGACUCGACGGGGAUGUUUCACUGGUGCCCGUCAAAGGAAAUCGAAAAAGUAAUCCUGACCCGGAGUGAAGCCUCCAUGACAGUGCUGAGCGGCCAUGUGGUGGUCUGUAUAUUUGGGGAUGUCACGUCCGCUUUAGUGGGGCUGCGAAACUUGGUGAUGCCUUUAAGAGCCAGUAAUUUUCAUUACCACGAGCUAAAGCCUAUCGUUUUUGUGGGCUCGCUGGAUUACCUGCGGAGAGAGUGGGAGACUUUACACAACUUCCCCAAGGUCUCCAUCUUACCUGGUACGCCAUUAAGUCGGGCAGAUUUAAGGGCUGUCAACAUCAACCUCUGCGACAUGUGCGUUAUACUGUCAGCCAAUCAGAACAAUAUCGAAGAUACCUCACUGCAGGAUAAGGAAUGCAUCUUGGCAUCACUCAACAUCAAAUCUAUGCAGUUUGAUGACAGCAUUGGGGUCUUACAGGCUAAUUCCCAAGGUUUCACGCCUCCUGGAAUGGACAGGUCAUCUCCAGACAGCAGUCCAGUACAUGGCUUUGUGCGUCAGGCUUCUGUCACCACCGGAUCCAACAUCCCCAUCAUCACAGAGCUAGUGAACGACUCAAACGUUCAGUUCCUGGACCAAGAUGAUGAUGACGACCCAGACACAGAGCUGUACCUCACUCAGCCCUUCGCCUGCGGCACCGCCUUCGCUGUCAGUGUACUCGACUCCCUGAUGAGCGCGACAUACUUUAAUGAUAACAUCCUCACGCUGAUUCGGACACUGGUCACAGGGGGAGCCACACCAGAGCUGGAGGGCCUGUUGGCCGAAGAGAACGCCCUCCAAGGUGGUUACAGCACACCGCAAACACUGGCCAACAGAGACAGGUGUCGCGUCGCCCAGCUAGCCCUCUACGACGGGCCAUUUGCCGACUUAGGGGAUGGCGGCUGCUACGGGGAUUUAUUCUGUAAAGCACUGAAGACAUACAACAUGCUGUGUUUUGGAAUCUACAGAUUAAGAGACGCUCACCUCAAUUGCCCCAGCCCGUGUACAAAACGGUAUGUGAUCACGAACCCACCGUAUGAGUUUGAGCUCGUGCCCACAGACCUGAUUUUCUGCCUCAUGCAGUUCGACCACAAUGCAGGCCAGUCCCGGACAAACUUGUCCCACUCUUCCCACUCUUCCCAUUCCUCCAGCAAAAAGAGCUCCUCUGUCCACUCCAUCCCGCCUUCCAACCGGCAGAACCGUAACAGUAAGACCCGGGAGGCCCGCGACAAACAGAAUGCAACAAGGAUGAAUAGAAUGGGCCAAGAAAAGAAAUGGUUUACAGAUGAACCAGAAAAUGCCUACCCACGGAAUAUCCAGAUCAAGCCCAUGAGCACUCACAUGGCCAACCAAGUCAACCAAUACAAAUCCACUAGUAGUCUGAUUCCACCUAUCAGAGAAGUUGAAGAUGAAUGCUGAACACAGGGUUUUCAUGCUGACUCACCAGGCAUCUGUACACUCUUUCAAAAGAGAUGGGAGAUCACCCAUGGAGGAUGAUGAUGAUGAUGAUGACGACAGGGAUGUUGAAGACUGACACAUUUCUCUUCACUCAUUCUUCUAAUCAAGGGUUGGACAGAAACCCAAACUAGAAGGGACCUCCCCUUGUGUAUACCUUUAAUGUUACUUCCAUGCUCUUGGACAUAGUUUUAUUUAUUAAUGUAUCCAUAGUGAUGUACAUAAUGACAAUCAAAUAAGGAUUGUACAGCCCCUUCUCCUUAGCACUUUUGGGAUUUAUUUUAAGCAU